AUUUUUUCUCCUUUUUUGCAAAUAUAUGAAAUGAACAAUGGGAUUUUUUGAUAACCCAACACAUCUUUCUAUGAGCUGAGACUGUCGUUUAUAGCAAUGCAUGCACAUCGAGUCUCGAUCAUCUUCUGCAUGCGUUUUGGAGGGCAUUGAAACCAGACGUCUACAGUCAGUGCCAUUAGUUCUGGACACAGAAAAGCACAACCUCCCACUACUAUUUUUCCCUAUAAAAACACCACACUCUGCACCCCAUACAUCACACACCAACAUUAAUUCAACUGAUCAGAGCACCCCAAGCGAAAGAAACACUACAACAAUUGCCAUGGCUAGCCUUAAGGUGGUUUGUGCUCUCUUCAUGUGCAUGGUGGUGGCUGCACCCUUGAUCACCGAGGCAGCCCUUACUUGUCCUCAGAUUCAGGCCGGGCUUGCUCCAUGCCUGGGUUACCUCCAGCGAGGAGGUGUACCCGCUGGGGGCUGCUGCCCCGGGAUCAAAAGACUGGUCGGCUCAGCCACGACCACAGCUGAUCGCCAAAAUGCUUGCAAGUGCUUGAAAACAGUUGCUGGCGCAGUCAAAGGCAUAAACACAGGCUACGCUGCUGCCCUUCCUUCCUUGUGUGGCGUCAAAAUUCCCUACAGGAUCAGCGCCUCCACGAACUGCAAUAGCGUGAAGUGAAGUGAUGAUACGGAGAAACAUGUGGAAGGAUGAUAUGAGAUGAUAAUAUAGUAGAAGUAGCUAGGCUACGUUAAGAAUAAAGAAUGAGUGUUCUGUCGUUCUAAUCUCUUUUUAUUUUCGUGCAUGUCACCGAUAUCAGUCGGUUGUGGUUGUACUUGUACGUGAUGAUGGCUCUUGCCAUCUUCCUCAGGCAAUCUAUAUCGUUCGUUUAUUUUCCAUAUGCUAGAACAAUCUUGGAUCU